UCUAAAAUACUAACUCCUUCGCGAGCCAUCGCCGCGACCUCUCCCUCUCCCUCAGCCGGCCCUAGCUCGCGAGAAGUCGCGAGCUCUCCCUCUCUUCGCGAACUCCUGCCGCGAUCCUCUCCCUCUCCUCGCCAUCUCCUGCCGCGAGCCGUAGCAGAGGUCGGCGCUCGCCAUCUCCUGCCGCGAGCCCUAGCAGAGGUCGGCGCUCGCCAUCUCCUGCCGCGAUUCUCUCACUCUCCUCGCCAUCUCCUGCCGCGAGCCCUAGCAGAGAUCGGCGCGAGCCAUCUCCUGCACCUAAACCUUAGGUGGGAAAAGGUUUAAACAGGCAGAGCCCAGUCAACACAAGGAAGGAUGGGGUGGAAGGCAGCUGAGAAGUUAUUCAGGCACUGGAAGAUCCUCAGAGGCGACAACGUCAUGAUCAUAAGAGGCAAGGAUAAGGGUGAGACAGGUAUCAUCAAACGUGCCAUUAGAUCUCAGAACAGAGUCAUUGUUGAAGGGAAAAAUUUGGUGAAGAAACACAUCAAACAAGGGCAAGGACAUGAGGGUGGAAUCUUUUCAAUUGAAGCCCCCCUUCAUGUUUCCAAUGUCCAGGUUCUUGACCCAGUUACUGGGAAGCCAUGUAAGACCGGGUAUAAAUAUCUGGAAGACGGAACUAAAGUACGGGUCUCUAGAGGACUUGCUGCAUCUGGAGCUGUAAUUCCUCGUCCUGAAAUACUAAAAGAAAGGCGAAAACCAAGACCUAGCUUUGUUGGUCCCAAGGAUACACCAGUUGAACUAGUACUCGAAAAGACAUAUGAUGCUAAAGCCGGAAUUGGCAUGCCUGAUCUCUAGAAGUCCUCGAUAAGGGAAAAUCAUUCUCUCAUCUGCAUUAUCAUCGAGGAAGUUCAGAUCGUGCUUAAUUUGGCGACAUAUGUUUCUUGUUCAAAUAUGCACCGUGACUUUGAUUUGUUUAGGUUCAACUCUUGCAUAAUAAAUGUCAACGCUAUUACUUAAUUUUGCUAGCACAGCUGUGCUGUUAGUUAGAAUUUCACGACUAAGCGAUGCCUAUUGAAACACUUUCAAGUGUAAACUGAAAUCGUGUUGCAUUACUUGUUCUCGAUGAACACUUGACUAUGGUUAGAUGAAAGUGCCGAGAACCUGAUGGUUUAUUUAGUCU